UAAAAGUUGAUAUUUUUUUACAAAUUCUUAUCAAUAUUGCAACAUUUGGAAGAAUUUUUUAAAAAAUCGGGCUCGACAGUUUUAAAAUAAUAUAUUUAUAUACAAAUUAUCAUUUCUUUGAAUAAAAUCUCUGUUAUUUUGUUGAAAAGAACCAAUUAGAUUGAUUUCAGAUUUUAAUAUUAAAAAUAUUAUUAUGAAGAAUCUAAACAGAAAAUGUUUUAAAGCAAAUAUUCAAAAAGCUUUUAGCUUAAUCAUUCGUUGAACAUUUAAAAACAGUGAUACAAUCACUAACUCAGUAAUAUACACUAAUAUUUGUUGAAUAUUUAAUGUUGUUCCGUCAUUUCAAUGUCUGCUCAUAAACAUAUUAUAAUAUUCUGUGAAUGCUAUAAGAAGAUACGUUAUCCCAGGGAAGACUUGAUAAUGUGUAAUCGGUGCUACAUGAUUUCUUACUGUUCCGAGGAGCAUGAGGCGAUACACAGAAACUCACACUCUCAGAUCUGCAAAGCUAUAAGAAGUGUAAUAACAUACGAAUCGUUCUGGGAUACGUAUCCUAACUCGGAAAUAUGGAUAGAAACACGCAAAGGAAUUUUACAUCAAAUACGCUCUUGUCUCUCACGUGACAUACACCAGUACGAAAUUGAGAUGAUAUUUUGCGCAAAAUCGUGUUAUGUGUGUUACCGGCAGGCAAAUAUAAAGCCCUGCAACAUCUGCUAUGCAGCCAAUUUUUGUGAUGAUGACCAAUUAUUAUUUAAGAUAUUUCAUGAGAAGUACUGCCGUGAGUUGUUGCUAUUACUGAACAUGAAUAUCUUCCAUAUAAACGGCUGUACAGAAAAAAUUUUAUUUGAAGACAAAUAUAAGUUCACCAAAUUUUCUUGUGUAAAAUCUUUUCAUGACACUUUUACAUUUAUUAACAAGUAUGUAGGUAUAAAUGAGGUUCCUUACUUAGACUUAGAUCCUUCUGAAUUAGUGUUCUACUGGUCACUAGAUCAACGUAUAUAUUCUGAUUAUGUAUCCGGCCCGCUGACAUUAUACUAUGCGUUGCAGGAAUCAAAUUUAAUACCUCUUCCAGAAAAUGCACAUAAAUAUAUCAUUCAUGUUAUAGGUGCAAACAAAAUAGAUAUAAUAUGUUUGAAAAUAUGGCAUAUUUUCUUACAUUGCAUUAGACAAACGAAGAACCUGUAUAUUGUAUUUAUUAAUUCGUUAAAUUUUGAGUCGAGCGAUUUUGGAUUUGUCUGUUCUAAUUGCAAAAGAUAUAAACAGAAACUUUAUAUUAAAAGCGUAUCAGAACCGUAUCACGAUUUUGUACACUUAGAUUCAUAUGAAAAACCGAAUGUUAUCAUACUGUUUGAAAUAGAAUGUCUUUCAAUAGAGGAAUGGUUUGAUUCUGUAGAAGCCAUAAUAGCGCAACAGUGUCCGUUACUUUUAACCGCUAAUUCGGAAAAUACAGUGCAAGAGAAUGUAAACAAGAUAGAAAUAAAAACAGGUAUAAAUAGAAAUCGAAUAUACAGAGAAAAUAAAUUCCGCAGUUAUAUGCCACGUAGAAAUGAUGGGACUGGUGAAUUUUAUUAUCGAAAUUUGCAUUUUAUUAUGUAUUCAUAAAUUUAAAUCACAUGACCGUUCCUGUCAACGACUAGAGUUUAUGUAUAAUUUGAUCCUGUUUUUAUUUUGGUAUAGUUGUGUUACACAAUUUUUAAUAAUAUUCGAGUAUAAAUUAGAAAUUUUUUACUGAGGCAUAUAUGCAGUAAUAAAUUAAUAUUUUUAUUAAAGUAUAUUUGCUCCUUUAUCAGUAUAGAAUUUAUUAGAAUAUAGUGUGUUAGUAUAUAGUUCCUCAUCUUUUCAAAAUAUGUAAAAUAUGUCGUAUAUGAGAUAAUAGAAUGCUGGUCGUAUAUAUGUAGUAUAUUUGAGUUUUAAAAUUUGUCGCAUGCUAUGCCAUAAUUGCAGGCAGUUAUGAUCAUUUUAUGCGGUGAAUUAUAUAAUUGUCUUGUGAAUACCUACUUCAUUGUUUGUGUUCUGCAAGUAGUAUGUAAUUAUAAUAAUUUUGAAUAUGUUUUAUAUAAAUUAUAUUCUUCACACCGUAUUUUGUAAUCAAUAUUCAUAACUCGCUAUCAUUGACUUUUUCAACUUAAAUUGUCAAAAUAUAUUAAUAAAUAUGAAAACAAACCUGGAACUAUUAACGUUACUCGAGUUAUCAACUGUAAUUUUAAAUUAAAUAUAUAUGUAAUUAUAAUCGACAAUGCAAUAUAGAUCUUUUAAUAGUAUACAUUUAUUAGUAAAUUAGUAUUAUGUUCUUCUUUCCCGAUUUUGUAAAUGUGUAAUCCUCACUGUAUUAAAUAAAGUUUAUAUACGAUUGUAUUAUAAUAUCCGUUAUAUAUCGCUUUCUAUUGUUGCACUAUUUUCCACGAUUAAUAGUAAGUGUGGCAUAGAAAAACUUUUUGGUCAUCUUAUAAGUAUUCGUAAUAAGCAAAAUGCUACAACUGGUCACAUUGAGAAAAAAUAUAUUUUAAUAUUUAUUUAUUGGAUUUAAAAUGCAAGGUGGGAAAUAAGUGUUUAGAAAUAAAUUUUAUUUCACAGCAAUUUUAUAUCCCACAAAUAUAUUUUCAAGUAUUUUUCUCAGUGCAACUGCUAACCAGUUGGAGCUAAUUGGCAUCACUAAUUUCUACAUGAUUGUUAAAGUCAAAGAAUCUAGGUCGUGAUCAGUAAGAAGGAUGCGUAUUCGUACCGAUCAGCGAAUGAUAAAAUAUUUGUAGAAACUAUCAUCAAAUGAUGGAAUAUUUAUAUAAAGUAUCACGGAUUUAGAAAGACGCACACGAGGAUUUAAUAACAUUGUCAGAUCAUGAGUAAUGCGUGAAAAGAAGAUAAAGUUUCUUAAAAUUAUUUGAACAGAAUUACCGAACCAUUUUAGCAA